CCGAUUGCUAGUAAAGGGGCAGUGCUUUUGUUUAGUAAUGGUCUGGCUGCCCUUGACUCCUCAUGGUUAUGGGUUAGGGUUCCAUCCAGAUUAGGCAUACACAUUGUGAAGCGUAGAUCCAAAUGGCCUCUCUAAUUUCCUUAUUAUAGUCAGUAAUCUUCUGAAUCGUCGCACUCCUAUUCCUCUUCUUCCUGGUCUUCGUGAUCUUCUCCUCGCAGCAUGGCAUCCUUCACUCUUGUCAGCGCCUACGCGGCUGCUGGCGUGCUGGCAAUCAUCGUCUUAAAUGUCUUGCGUCAGCUCCUUUUUCGUAACAAGACUGAUCCACCCCUUGUUUUCCACUGGAUCCCUUUCCUGGGUAGUACCGUUACUUAUGGGAUGGACCCUUAUGCGUUUUUCUUUUCUUGCAGACAAAAGUAUGGCGACAUCUUUACCUUCAUAUUGCUUGGUCGAAAGAUCACAGUAUAUCUGGGCAUUCAAGGCAACGAAUUCAUUCUCAAUGGCAAGCUGAAGGAUGUCAAUGCCGAGGAGAUCUAUAGCCCGCUCACUACGCCAGUCUUUGGCUCUGACAUUGUGUAUGAUUGUCCAAACUCAAAGCUUAUGGAGCAGAAAAAAUUCAUCAAAUUUGGCCUCACUCAGGCUGCACUGGAGUCGCAUGUACCAUUGAUUGAAAAAGAAGUGCUUGAUUACCUCAAGACAUCACCCAACUUCAAGGGGACAUCUGGCAGGGUGGAAAUCACGGGUGCCAUGGCUGAAAUCACUAUCUUCACUGCCGGUCGGGCACUGCAAGGCGAGGAGGUUCGCAAAAAGCUCACUGCGGAGUUCGCAGAUUUGUAUCAUGACCUUGAUCGGGGGUUCACUCCAAUCAACUUCAUGCUUCCGUGGGCACCGCUGCCGCGUAACCGCAAGCGGGAUGCAGCCCAUGUGCGCAUGAGGGAGAUCUAUAUGGACAUCAUCAACGAGCGCCGCAAGAACCCGGACCGGGAGACGUCGGACAUGAUCUGGAACCUCAUGCAUUGUACCUACAAAAAUGGACAGCCUGUGCCGGACAAGGAGAUCGCCCAUAUGAUGAUCACUUUACUAAUGGCAGGUCAGCACUCAUCGUCAUCCAUUAGCUCUUGGAUCAUGCUACGACUAGCCUCUGAGCCCGCAGUCAUGGAAGAACUCUAUCAGGAACAAAUUACAAAGCUCAGCCCGGAUGGAAGUACCCUUCCGCCACUGCAGUACCGCGAUCUGGACCUUCUGCCCCUUCAUCAGAAUCUCAUCAAGGAAACUCUACGCUUACACCUUUCCAUUCACUCUCUCAUGCGCAAGGUCAAGAACCCGAUGCCAGUUCCUGGCACACCCUACGUCGUCCCCGCAGACCACGUUCUACUAGCAUCUCCCGGUGUGACCGCUCUCAGUGAUGAAUACUUCCCCAACGCAUCCCGCUGGGAUCCCCAUCGCUGGGAGAACCGUGUUGAAAAGGAGGAUGAAGGGGACAUGGUCGACUACGGUUAUGGCACUGUGUCCAAAGGAACAUCCAGUCCUUAUUUGCCCUUUGGCGCUGGCCGCCAUCGCUGCAUUGGAGAGAAAUUUGCCUACGUUAACCUGGGAGUAAUUGUGGCGACCAUGGCGCGGCACAUGAAGCUAUUCAAUGUAGACGGCAAGAAAGGGGUACCUGCCACAGACUACUCGUCUAUGUUCUCCGGUCCUGCGAAACCAGCGAUUAUUGGUUGGGAGCGUCGCUUCUCGGAAAAGUCAUGAGCCCUAGUUAAAGCCUUCCCUGGGAAGUCGAUCUGUUCGAUCAAAGCAGUCCCCUAUCGUCGGCUUUUUUACCGCCGUGUAACAUGGUCAUCUUUCUGAAACCUAUCUAGAGUCAACCAUAGUUGGCGCCGCACCCUGAAAAGGAUAUGUAUAAUGUUAGCAUUAGAAACUAUUAUUAAUAAUGUUAUGCCCACAGCAUG